GUUGCCGAUCUGGCCAUCGAUCACACCGCGCGAAACGGUGAACUUCACCACCAACCUCUCGUCCGUCCGUCUCGCCGACCGCCGUCGCGCCGCGGAUUGUUUAUCCUCCCGUAACAACGUUCGGACGGACGCGGGGAGUCGCGGCGGUUCUCGGGGAUUCUCUCCUCCAUCGAGGACGCACGGGACCGCUGACGCUCCGAUCGACUCGAGGAAAUAAUCUCCGGGUAGUUGAGGAUGGUUCUCACGAAGGAGUACCGCAUUUGCAUGCCGCUCACCACGGAGGAGUACCGCAUCGGUCAGCUGUACAUGAUCGCCCGACAUAGUCAUGAGCAAUCCGAUAACGACGAGGGCGUGGAGGUGGUGGAAAACACCGUCUGCGAGGAUCCCGUUCACGGAAAGGGCCAGUACACUGAGAAAAGGAUCCAUCUGUCCAGUAAACUCCCUUAUUGGAUCCAGUCCAUCCUGCCACGAAUAUUUUACGUGACGGAGAAAGCGUGGAACUAUUUUCCCUUUACUAUCACAGAAUACACUUGUUCCUUUAUACCAAAGUUCCACAUAGCGAUAAACACACGGUACGAGGACAACAACGGCUCCACGGAAAAUUGCUUAGGACUGUCACCUAUUGAAUUGAUUCAUCGAGAAGUCGAUUUUGUGGAUAUUGCAUACGACGAGCUCUCCGCGAAACAUUACAAAGAGGAGGAAGACCCAAAGUACUUUCAAUCGAAAAGAACAGGUCGUGGGCCUCUGGUUGAAGGUUGGCGGGAAACAACGCAACCCAUAAUGUGCUCAUACAAAUUGGUUCAUGCCUCGUUCGAGGUCUGGGGCAUGCAAACGCGAGUGGAAGAUUUCAUACAUAGAUGUAUAAGGGACGUUCUACUGCUGGGUCACAGACAGGCCUUCGCCUGGAUUGACGAGUGGUAUGACAUGACUCUGGAAAACGUACGACAAUAUGAACAGAAAAUGCAAGCCGAAACAAACGAAAAAGUCAGGCUGAAAAAUCAACUUGAUGAGACACAACAAACCGCUACGCCAGCUACGCCGUCCUCGUCUACGCCAACUACGCCGAAAUCGCCCACACAACGAUCAUGGUUUUCCUGGUCGUAGCCGUAAUUAGUGCAAGUCGAAUUUGGUCUCUGCGGCAAUUUUUCGUCGCUCCGGUUAAUAUUAUACGAAGGAAAUGAAUAGCAUUCUCAUUGCUCAUGUCUCAGAGAAUGCGCAAAUCAGUCAUGACAUAUUCUUUAAAUGAAUUUUACAUUAGUAGUUUAAUCGGUGGUUUUACCGUAGUAAAAAUUUGUGCAGUUUUCCUGAAAAUACAAGAAAAGUAAUUUUAAAGAAUGUAAGUAAAACUUCUAUAAAACUUUGUUAUCAUUAAUCUAGUUUUAAGUAUUAUACAUAUAUAUAGUCAAUAUCUUUUUCGCGAAGGAAAACCCUGAGAAGGAAAGGAGGACAGUUGAAAGAUAAUAGUCGAUAAUAAUUUUUAAUUUUUUUUAUAUAAAUAAUUUUUAAUUUCAAAUAAGAGAAAGUAUUAAUGUUAUCUUUAUUAAUGAAUAUGUCUCUAAUUGAUUGCUGCAUUUUUUUGGAAUGUCCUGUAUACAUAGGUAUAGUUCCAUACACGUUCUAUAAAUAGGCUUGCCGCGAAACGAUUUCUACUUAUGUACUUUCGUAUCGAAAUACACCUGAAUACACCUGAAAACAUCGCACUCUCCCGUGUGCGAUUGCACUGAUAAAUUUUAGGAAUGCCUAAAGGAAGUUGGUCUAAGUCAUUCCACGAAAUGACAUACAGUUAAAUUUUGAAAUUCAAUUAAAUCAUGAAGUUUAACUGCACACUUUGGUCACACCUUGUAUACGCAAAUAAGUUUCACUUGCGUUUUGCUCGCGCAUUAGUAAUAAAUUAUUUUUAUCGUGUACAAUUCUAUAAUGUUAUUUAUUUAUAAUACAUGAAACUUUUAUUUGCAGUUUAAUGUAUAGAGGCACUGGAAAAGAUAUGAAAAUAUAUGUGUUUGCAAAUAA